AUGCUUGGGAGAAGCUAUCGGGCACGAGGAGUCGGUGCUCUACUGGGCGCACAAGCCUCAGCCUCAUGUGCCAUUCCCGUGCGCACACUUAUCCCGCCAUCCUUGCUGUUUCCCUGCGUGCUUCCCCACCGCCCACCCAUCUGCACCGUGCAGAACCGCAUCCCGGUGUUUUGUCCGGCGAUCACGGACGGGUCCAUCGGCGACAUGCUCUACUUCCACUCCUACUCCUCGCCCGGCCUCGUUCUCGACCUCGUGCAAGGUUACGUGCUUCCCCCCCCCCCCCCCCCCCAUCCCCUUUCCUCCUCCCUUCACUCUCCGCUUCCCUCUUUGUGGUUCCCUCAUCGCUCUUCAACCUACCGCCAAAUACGUGUUCCCCUCCACGCAGAUGUGCGGCGGAUGGACGAUGAGGCGGUGCAGGCGGACCCGCGGCGCACGGGCGUGAUCAUCCUGGGGGGCGGGCUGCCAAAGCACCACAUCUGCAACGCCAACAUGAUGCGCAACGGUGCAGACUACGCCGUGUACAUCAACACCGCCAAUGAGUUCGACGGCAGCGACUCCGGCGCCCGGCCUGAUGAGGCAGUCAGCUGGGGGAAGAUCCGUGUGGAGGCCAAGGCUGUCAAGGUGUUCUGCGAUGCCACCAUUGCCUUCCCCUUGCUCGUAGCCGAGACGUUUGCUCGGCACCUGCAGCAGGAGAAAGCAAAGCACAAGGGGCCGACGAAAUAG